ACAUCAGGGGCAGCUUCACGAAUAAACUUUACCGUCAGAGUUAACGCUAAAGUCGCCGGCCGGAGACGUGAGGUCUCUUAAACUGCUUCGGUGUCUCUUAUAAAUCGGUUGUUUACGUCGCGCCGGAGAUGUAAAGUGUCCGGACAGUCCGAGAGCGCCUCCUGCACUCGUCCCAUAAGUUCGAGGGUCAUGCCGGUCCCGGCGAUGGCUGAGUGCGUGGUCGAUCACCAGAGACGCUUUCAGGCUGCUGUGGAUGUCAUCCAUAACCUCCCCAAAAAUGGGUCCUACAGACCAUCCUAUGAGGUGAUGCUGCGUUUCUACAGUCUGUACAAGCAGGCGGUGUGUGGACCCUGUACAGUAGCUCGACCCGGCUUCUGGGACCCCGUGGGGCGCUACAAAUGGGAUGCCUGGAGCAGCCUGGGAGACAUGAACAGUGAGAGCGCCAUGUCAGCUUACGUGGAAGAGAUGAAGAAUGUAGCUCAGGAGGUCAUCGACACCAUGCCCAUGAAUGAGAAGACCGCCUCGCUUCUCCACCACUUCGAGCCUCUCUACCUGGUGAUCGACGACAUGCCGCGGCCUCCAGAGUCUCUGCUCACGCUCAAAGAAGGCCUUAAAGGCAGUGAGGACGCUGACAGUCCUGCACGGAUGAAGGAGGGGGAAGAGGAGCACGCUGCUUCUACAGAAGACUCUUCUCCUCCAGAGGUUGCAGAUCCGGAUCAGGAGUUCAACCUGUCCGAGGUUAUAGACCUCACGGCUAACACCAUCACCAACGACUCAGGUGUGUCGGAGGGUUUGGUGUUGACCAGCGACUCAGAGAGCGAGAUCUUCUGUGACUCUGUGGAUUCAGUCGAGCAAAUCAGCAACAUCAAGAUUCCAGUCGUCAAGUCAAACGGUUUCCACAACGGCCACGUGUCCUCGGAGUCCUCUGCGGUUCAAAGCCAUCACCUCGAAGGUCGCCUGGAGGUCAGACAGGUCGGAGCAGGUCAGGGUGGAGAGGGGGCGGACGAUGGGAAAGGUCCAGGACACAACAGGAGGAGUCGAGACGUCGGACGGGACCCUUCGUACCACAACUGGAGAGAACGUGGUGUUCCUCAGGGCAGUCCGAGACGGGGGGCACCGGGCGGAGGUGGUGGUGGAGGAGGAGGAGGGGCCGGGCGAGGAGGCGGAGACGGCUCAGAGUCGACAGCAGAGAGGCUGCAUGACGUCCAGCUGCAGCAGCAGAUCAUCCUGGCCCUACGGAGGCUCAGAGAGGACAUGAGGAGCGUGAUGGAGCGCCUGGAGGUGGUGGAGAGGCUCGCUGCCACGCAUACCCAGAGUUCAGAGUGGAGGCCGUGUCUGCAGUGUGCAGCUGCAGCCUCACAACAAGAGGAGGAGACGUGGUGGCCGUUCGACGUGUCGGGUCAGACCGUGCUCCUCUUCCUGGUGUGGCCGUUUGUGGCUCAGGGUCUGGUCUACCUGCUGAGGAGAGCCCAGAAGAAGAACCGCAUCACUUCAUGAACAGACCUCACAAAAGACUUUUCACCCAUUCACCCACAGCAAGAAGUUUUUAUUUGUACGGCAGAAAGGAUUGAAUCAAAAAAUAAUGAAUGGGAAGCCGUCAUCCUCCCUCACUGAGUGCACUGGAUCGAGGGAGGGAGGACGCAUAUGUGAUCCACAUCUGGAUUUUAAUCCCCUCUUACCUGCUACAUAAAGAGGGUCUUUAUUUAAAUCAUCCUGGUGGAUUAAUCCGCUGGUUUUUGACGGCAGCAAGAGAUUGUCUUUGCCAAGCCUGGACUGGUACUUACACUGAUCAUCGGAGCCUGAAUACUAGGAUUAUAAUGUUCCUGUCGAAGUAUGAGCGACACAAUGGGCCUGAUUCACUUAGAAAGGAUUGCAGAUUACGCUAAUCGCGCCAAAAAAAUUGUGCAUCAUUUGCUCCCACUAUCUGCCCUGCCUUAAGGUCUGCGUCACAAAGCGUGUAACUCUGAAGAUAUUGGGCACUAAGUUGGGCACUUUGUGUGCUGAACACAUAAAUAAAUGCAAUCCAGUGUUUCCCACAGAAUGACCUGGGAGAUACCUGGGCGGUAGAGUUCGCACGGGGAGGCUUUAAGGCGAUAUUUUCUUUUCUUGUUACUCUUAUCCUAGGGUUUAUUUUAAUAUUAGAUUUUUAUUCAUAUCAAAUGUGUUUUCCCAAAUAAAUGAAUUUACUUUUUUCAACAUCUUUAAUCUGCUCAAUGUAUCAACGCACGCGCACAGAUGUAAACACCAGGAGUACGCCACGUUUUGAAAAGUUCCACUCCAUAUUCCGUUAUUUACAGGAGUUCAGCAUCAGCAGCAAGCAGCUGUACGUUAACAUUUUUAAAACAAAGCCAUGAGAAGCUUCACUUUUGAUAUGAGCAAGAGGGUUGUAUGGACAGUGGACCUUCUCUCUCUGUCUCUCUUUCUCUGAAGCGGAGUCGAUACAGCUGUCUUGGUUUUACCGUGCCGUGAACUCCAGAGAGCGCGCGCCUGCACUCUAUUGUGCACGCUCUCUCACUCUCACUCUAUCUGUGCACUCAGCAAUUUUAUUAAUAAAUGAAAAUAUAAAAAAAAAAACAGGUCAGAAAUAUGCUUGGGCGGCCCAGCUAUUUGUGGGAAACACUGCCAUCAAUCAAUCAUGUUGCCGUUAGCAACCAUGUUUGUGAAUGGGGCUUAUUUGCAUAGAAAGGGGCUGAGUUUCCCCAUAAUGACUUAUCAUCUGAAAAUGUGCAAACAGCAUCAGAGCACAGAGACACUGUGUUCCUCUACUGUGCAGUUAGGGGAGCAGUUAACCCUUUACGUGUGUUGUGUGAAUGGACGGCGUCUUUUGCACAGCUUUGGUUGAGUCUGUCUCUGUUGUGAAUCAGGCCCAAUGUCAUGUCACCAUAUAUUUAUUUCUUUGUAGGCUUUAAACUACCCUUAUCUCAGAGCGUUUUGCUGCAGCCAUUCUGCUCUCCACUAACAGAAGUCAACCCACAGAUCUGAUGAUCAUGAGUCAUGUAGUUAAAACAUCACCGUUUGAAACGGGGAGGAGCAGCCAUUUUUAGAUGAGAGCACUUGUCAUUUUAUUGCACUCUUUCACAGUUGAUUCUUGACCCCUGAAUGUUUGUCAGUGUCUCCUCUGACUUAUAUUCACAGAGAAUUCAGGUAGUUUUAAAGUUUUGAUGGAGGUACUUGGAUAGAGCUAAUUUGUCGCCAUGGAUACGCCUUUACAGCGUGUUUGCUGGCUGAAGAGUUUUGGUGCCUAUACUUUAAGUUAAACACAAUUAUUUUAAAUACAGGAAUUCCCUUUUAAGACCAGAGAUGAAAGCACCUGUGAACUUCUCUUACACUUCUUAAUGACUGUUUGUUUAAUGUCUGACAUAUGUGAAGCUGCACCUUUUUAUCACAGGGCGACUCAAAAUGUAGCCGAUCACGUCGAUCCAAACGGCAAUGUUUGCAUCAUCGGGUUGUUUUGUUGCAUCUGUUUGUUUUCCACUGUGUUCAAAAGUGACACUGACAUGACAAGUGUAAUGGAGACAAUCAUCAAUAAAUGAUGGAAGAUCA